CGUAGAUCGGGACGCGGAGAACGUAGACGCGGAGUUUGCAUCGGAAGGCAACACUAUUCCAGCAUUUAUUGCCGUAUGCUGUCGUACGUUAGUUAGAUUGAAUCUGUUGGUCUGUUUGAAGUGCUACCGCUUAAUGGCGUUCAAUUGUUUUUUUUCAUGGUUUCUUAAAUGACAUAGACCAGUGAAGGAGUUCUGCUAAGUGGUUGAUCGUGGUUUUCGUAGCACUAUGGUUUAGAGCAGUGAGAAGAAUAAAAUAAAAUCAGCAAUAGCUCAAAACAUUUUAAGUGAAAUUCUGUGAUAAUGCUGGAUUAAUGAGAAACGCGGAUUGUUGGUAUCUAAGUGCAGGUUGGCAUUAGUCGCGAAGCGUGUGGCAGGAACAGUGCAGCGUAAAAAGUGAAAAACUUGCCUCAUAUCGUUGUUAUGGGAAUACAUUGAUCGACUCAAUGAAAGCGGAAGUGUUAAGUUAGCAGAUAACGGAAGCAAUGUCGUCUGAUCGAAUACACAGAGCGGCCAAGGAUGGCUUGCUUGAUGUGCUCAAAGAGGCUACCCGCGCCGAAUCAAAUUCCAAAGAUGCUGACGGUAUGACUCCGGUGCUGUGGGCCGCCUUCGAAGGUCGCUUGGAGGCACUAAAACUGCUAGUUGGAAGAGGAGGUGAUCCAGAUAAAUCAGAUCAGUUUGGAAAUACCGCGUUACAUCUAGCCUCUGCUAAAGGCCACAUGCAAUGUGUCGAUUUUCUGGUACAAUUUGGAGUCAAUUUGUAUGCGUUAGAUAUUGACAACCACAGUGCGCAAGAUUUGGCUGCCAUAAACAAUCGAGACAAUAUUUUGCGCUAUCUGGACGCGGCGGCGGCAAAUUUAGAAGCUGUUGAUAAGAAAAAAGUUCGAGAUUUGAAGGAGCGAGCGAAAAAGAAAUCAGCUAAGCGGGCGCAAGAAUAUGCUGCCAGGCAGCAAAAGGUUGACCAGGGAAAGGAUGAUCAACGGAUCAGGCCGCAUCGGCCGUCAAAUAUGUUGCAAAUGUUGAAGCACAAAAUUUGGUCGGGUAGUCAGGGAAAUUUGAAGAGUUCUAGUAAGGAUAAUUUGAACAAUAAUUCGACCAAAUUUAGUGCUUUAGUUGCUGGAACCGUGACAGGAUCACGAGGAGCUGUAAAGAAACGAGCGGAAGCAUCCAAACUGAGACAGCAGAUGGAAAAUGGAGGUUUCAAAAUCGGCGAAGUGGAAGCAACGGGGAAGCGGAGCGUCCGUUCUAUUCAGGGAUUGCAGAGAGAUUCGGAAAUUCUGUACGUUGGCACGUACAACUCAUCGGAGGAAAGCAGUAAACGAGGCAAAAUAAAGGAUGUGUUCGACGUCGAUUCCAAUGGCUACGAAGAAGUUGACGACGACAGUGAGAGCUGUGGAUCUAGUGCAAAGUUCAAUACGAUUUCGCGAUCAGUUAGUCAACCUGAUUUUCUAGCGAAUCUGAACGACGAUUUAACAAAUGAUGUAAUGCUUCAAAACAGACCUAGCAUUUUCAACAGGCCGUCGGGGAAUUUCGCAAUGACGCGUUCCGUUUCCACUGUGCUGGCACAAUUGGGCAACGAAAAUUCGGCCAAUGAUUCUUCUGACGGAUCAACUAUAGCCAAACCAAAACAUGGACCAAUCAAACCUCGUUCGCAGCUGGUUAUUUCGGACUCUGAAAGCGAAGCGAAUAGUUCGGAUAAUGAAGAAAACGAAUCAUUGGCGGUGCUAAGGUUUUUAACUGCAUUCAAACUGGAAGACCACUAUCCGAUUUUUCAGAAAAAUGAAAUCGAUAUGGAAACUCUAAUGUUGCUCACGGAAAGUGAUAUCAAAUCGUUGGGUUUACCGAUCGGUCCUCACAGGAGAUUGUGCAUAGCGAUUCAGGAACGUAAGGAAGCACUUGCAAGUCCGGGAACGAUCUUGGACAGUCGAUUGUAGAAGCCGCUCGCACUGCCAUUCCAUGCACCGACAAACAAAUACGUAUGCCUGGGGAUGAUGCCCCUACUCCUGGAACUGUAAAUUAUGAACACCUUGUUGUAAAUAAUGAAUUAAAUUAUUCUGAAAUUUUAAGAA